AUGAAGAUCGGCUUUUUGCUUAACUUGACUUUCUUAUUGUGCUUCAUUGUAACUCAGCUUCUGAUAUGGCUGCUUGAUGGUACAUUGGUCCGCACUUUUGCUGAGCUACUUAAUAUGAAGCCAUUCAUAUUCGAGCAGAGCUUGCUGAGGAACCUUGCGAACAAGACCACAGCAUCUAUAUAUCAUAGCGACUAUCAGUGA